AUGACAGUUUACGGCACAAAUCCAGCGUCGGCUAACGACCUAGCUCCAAAACUGGAGUACAUCACACGCAACCACAAUGUAAGACCGGGGCUCGCUACGCGCCGCCCAUGGAAGCAGAUGCUCGACCCCCGCUCGUUCAACUUCCCGCGUAAACUAGCAACCGCGAUCAGCAGAAUCAGAGACAACACCGUCUACUUCCAAACCAAUUACACCAUAGUCGUCCUCUCCUCCGUCUUCCUCAGCCUCAUUUGGAAUCCAUUCUCACUCCUUAUCCUACUCGCUUUACUCGGUGCAUGGCUCUUUCUCUACUUCCUCCGUGACGAACCGCUCACGGUAUUCGACCGCGAGAUCGACCAUCGUCUCGUCCUUAUCGUCAUGUCCGUUCUCACUCUCUCGAUCCUUUUCUUAACGGACGCGAAGCUCAAUAUUACGGUAGCCGUCGUGGCCGGUGUGGCGGCUGUGUUGUGCCACGCUGCUGUUAGAAAAACCGAAGAUAUGUAUCAAAACGACUCGGAAACUAGUCCUCUAAUUCCUUAA